UAGAAAUAAUUUCGCACUGAAAACAAGUGCACCUCGGUGUAUGAUCAUUCUGAUUUUUUUGUUUCACAUUAAAUUCGUUUUAUUUUAUAACAAUAAAACAUGCUAACAAUAACAGCAUGCGGCACCGCAAAACGCCACCUAGUGGAUUUGAUUCAAACUUUCCGCAGCGUCAUGCGUCCCACCGGUGAGUAUACGUCAUUUUGCGGCCACCAUUUAUAUUCUAAACGUGCCAGGUCCCUCAAACCUUCUUACGGUUCACCCUUCGAAAUUAGCACAACCACGCCUGUCGCAGUUUAUAAAUUCUUAAAUAAAAAACUAAUUGCGUUGUUUUUGUAAGUUCAUUAUUUACCAGGGUAGGGAUGUCAGAAGAAUAUUAUCAGGCCUAUAAGAUUUAAGUGAGUUUGGUUAUUAUACAGUUUAAAUUGUGUUAUUCGGCCCGUUCUUUAAGCAUUCAUUUACAGCGCGAGAAUAAAAAAAAACGACUUGUUUUGCUCGUAAACCGUAACCAUAACAGUAACCGUAACGUCUGGUUCGAUCUCGCAGUGUGUCUCCUAUAUCUUAUGAUUCAAUACUAUUAAUUAUUACUGACUACUUCAAAAAUAAGCGUGUUAAAUUUUAAAAGUACUGUUUAGUGAAACUUCGGUGAAACGAGUUUAUAGUAAGACAAUGUUUAACACAUGAAAGCCUUUAAGUAACAUUUUCAUGUAAUGCUUUACCUGUCAUCAACAGGAUGCUUGAAUAGACUGGGGAUUCUUCUGUUUGCGAUGUUACUUAGGAUAUAUUAAAAGGCGCUAUCAUCUUAGUACGUUCGUACACGGCUCAGUGGGUCAUUUAUCUCAAUUAUAUUUGGGUGCCGUUAAAGAAAAGAUAAUCAUAUUGUCUUUCGGGAGAUAGGAUAGUCACAACUUCGCACCGAAUAAUACUGUGAAUACUUAGCAGCACCAGAAAAGGGGAUAAAGUAAUUUUUAAGUACAUCGCACCUCUAGUGAGAAUGUUAUCUGCGCUACUUAACCACUAAAAAAGAAUCCAAAGAAUCCAACCAACUUAAUGAAUAUUGAAUUGUACAGCUACAGUUUUAGAAAGAGAUAAACAACUUGGAUAUGUGUAUUUAUUAUGGAUAAAAACUUUAUUGGCGGCCAUAGGAGAAUAGAGAGAUAAAGAGAGAGAGGUUAAAUUGUUAAGCAACAGAGGCGGAAGUUGACACCAUUUUUAAUGACGCUGUAUAGUAUUCAUAUUAUUUGACGUCAAAUUGUUUGUCGUGAAUCGUAAUUCAUUUACAGUUUACUUGUGAAAUAUUUACGAUGGCGGGUAAACGGAAGAUGAAGAAGAAUCAAUAUAGAAACAAAUCAAAUAAACAAGUUAUCAACAACCAGCUUGUACAAAAUAAGUCUGAUGCUGAAGUUAAACAAAGCAGUAACCCAGACGUUAUGUUGUUGAAGGAGAAUGCAACAAUGGUCGCAGAUGAGGAGAAACUUAACAUCGCGUCCAAUCAAGCAACAGAAAUAGAUUUUGCUAUUAACACUCUGACGCAACAACUGAAUUAUAACACAGUCAUUAUCCUUUCCUUGAAAGAUGACAUAGCAAAUCAAGCUAUUGAAAUUAAAGCCAAAGAUGCAACCAUAGCUGCAAUGAAAAUUGACCAGGAAAGAUCGAAUUCAGCUUAUGAAGCGAUUUCAAAGCAGAAUCAAAUUCUUCAGAAAGAGCUAGCUCAAACAAAGCUUGCAAAUAAAUCCAUCAACGAAGUUUUACUGAAGAUGAAUCAACAACAUGCACUUUUAAAUGCAAGCGUUGAAGGAUAUAAGAUGAAAGUUGAGGCAGCGGAAACACAUAGUAAAUCUUUAGAAGUGCAACUUUUAGAGUUAACACAAAAAGUAAAAGUUUAUGAGGAUGAACGUGCCCACAUGUUGGCUGAAAUAGCACAUCUGAAGAAAAAAAAUGAGAUGCAGCUCGAAGAAGUUGGAGAAUUAAAGGCAACAAUAUCAAAAUGUCAAUUCAAUAUGAAGGAAAAGGAACAAGAAUUGGCAAACAUGAAAGAAAGAGAAGAAAAAAUCUAUCAAGAAAAUGAAAGCACAGUCGCCAAGCUGCUGGCAGAACAUGCCAUAGAAGUAUCUCUUUUGCAACUACAGCUAGAACAAGAACGUUGUCAAAAAGAGAAUGAGAUUUCAAAUUUAUCGAGAGAAAUAAUCGAGAAAGACACACAGGCUAUCAAGCUUCAAGAACAAAAUUUUGACCUAGAAGCUAAUCUAAAAUCUUUAGAAAAAAGAUUUAACCAAUCAAAUGAAUUUACACAGGACAUAGUUGGACAUUUUAUGAGUGACAUUGAAAGAAAAUGCUCAAAGAGAUGUUUUUACAAACCAAGGAUUAAAUGUUCGACAGUGAGAUCUCGUCUACAGUUAAUAGUGAACAAGAUGAAUGACGAGUUCUCAAUACUACAUUAAGUAGUAGACAUUUUUUAUGUUUGUG